GCUAUUCUAGUCAAUUGACUCAGCUCUGACCUUCGGUCGUCCAUUCUUUCACAACGCUCUUAAGCUUACAGCUUUAUCACAUUCUUUUUCACUUCUAAAACAAACCUACCUUGUUCGUUUUCACGUUCAAUACCAACGACAUUCAAAAUGCGUUUCACCGGAGCUGUUCUUUUCGCUGGUGCCGCUAUGGCCGGAAGCACCAUCUACUCGACUGACUUCGUCACCGUUACCUCGUGCGCUCCCACCGUCACCAACUGCCCUGCCAGGUCGACUGUCACCUCCAGCACCGUCUACCCUGUCAGCAGCUCCAGCGCUCCUGGCUACCCAGCUGAGACCCCCUCUGCCUCUGCCCCGGGUUACCCGGCUGAGACUCCCAGCUCUCCCGCUGGCUAUCCUACCGGCUCCAGCUCUGCCCCCGGAUAUCCCGCCGAGACCCCCUCGGCUCCCGGUUACCCCUCGGGCUCUGCUCCUGCCUCAUCGCCCGCCGGCUACCCCUCGGCUUCUUCGCCUGCUGGCUACCCGUCUGAGACUCCCUCUGCUCCGGGCUACCCUAGCGGCUCCCCCAGCGGCUCUGCUCCUGGCGGUAGCUACCCCAGCUCUAGCCCGGCUCCCUACCCCAUCAGCAGCCCUGCUCCCCAGCAGCCCAGCUACUCCGUGAUUCCCGUCACCUACACCACCUGCGUGCCCACCACCACCGUCAGCUACUCGACUGUGACGCUCAGCCCCUCUGCCCCCGCUGGCACUGGCGUCCCUGGUGCCCCUGGUGCUCCUGGCAACUACCCCACCGGCUCGUACACCGCUUCCAACCCCGGUACUCCCUCUUACCCCACUGGCAGCCCCAUUCCUACUGCUGGUGCUUCCACCAUGGCCGGCUCUGGCCUCCUCGCCGCUGCUGCCGGUGUUGCCGCUCUUCUCUUCGCUUAAGCGAUCCGUCUUGGUUUUCUCUGUUAAUGAUUCGAAAGCCUGGUAGGCAAAUGGCAAUAUGAGGCGUGAACUUAAGCGGUUCGGUUGCAUAUGUACUUAAUUCCUAAUUGCAUUUAUGGGCCUUCGAAUGCCUAUGACAAACCUCCAUUCAAUGUCUGUAUUUGCAAGCAUAUUAUUCUCUUCGUGGUGACUUGGAAAUUGUUAGUGUAGUCGAAAUAUGUUGUAGUUGGACAAUUUAGCGCUUCUUACUAGUCCUGGGUCCUGUGUCGAUCGUCACUUUAUUCCUUACUGUGCAAUCUUGAAUCCUUGUGAGGAGCUGUUCAAUUAUAGGUUGGUGUUCCUGAAAUGCACGCGACCGGGAAAUU